AUGUCGAAGAAACCAACAAAUUGGGGGAUGUGGGCAAAGAUGAUCCUGGGCGGCGGCGCAAUUAUCGUGGGCGGGCCAGCGCUCACAUACUGGGUCUCCCCAACAGAGGAGGAGCUCUUCAAGAAGUACAACCCUGACCUGCAGAAGAAGAGCCUCGCCAACAGGGCCGAGCGGCAGAGGGAGUUUGACGACUUUGUGGGCAAGCUGAAGGAGUACUCCAAGAGCGAUAAGCCAAUAUGGGUCGUGCAGGCUGAGGCAGCGGAGCAAGAAAAGAAGAUGCGGCGGCUGCAGGUGAGGAAGUCCGCCGAGGAGGAGCGGUUACGGCGCGAGGCAUUGAGGAAGGAGGCCGGUCUGCCGGCGCAGAAAUGA